AUGAAGCAAAUAAACAUACUGGCCAACACCUUAGAUGUGCCUUACUACUACGCGAAAGAAGAUGGAACUACUACAGGAAUGGCACUGCAAUUAGUGGAGACUCUGUCCAAGUGGCUUCAUUACAAGUACAAGAUCAAAAGCUCACCUGUCGUGAACGUGACGGUAGUUGAUGCGUUUGUCGAAUCAGGCCAGAAUGAUAUGCAGAUUAACCUCGCUGUUCCAACAGUUGAACGAAACAAGAAGUUUCUGAUAUCGACGUCAAUAGACUACCAAGGAUAUGGGCUGAUACUGCAAGUGCCACCACCCAUCCCGCGGUGGAAAAAUAUUGUGUAUCCCUUUACUUGGAUCGUUUGGCUAGCGGUUGUUCUUUCCAUGAUCUUCACUUCAGUUACAUUCCAUCUUCUGUACCAUGAACAUGAGAAGUCCAUUGCAACUAACUCCUUAACAGUCGUACAGUUUUUGUUGUCCAACCCUCUGGCAUCAGUUCCUGAAUCGUGGAGGAUACGUUGUCUUCUGAUGCCCUGGUGGAUUGGAUCUUGGCUCAUUGCUAUGUCUUACACCAGCAAUUUGAUCGCUAUACUCACAAUUCCAGCUCCUCCAUCCGAGAUUAAGACGACGCUACAGUUAGCUGAAAGUAACUUCAGGUUAUGUAUGUUAGAUUAUGGGGAAUUUGUCCCGGCAGCAUUAGCUUCUUCUACGCAUUCAGUUUUGAAAGCUUUAGGAGACAAGUUGGAUAUGGUUCCCAUGCAAGAAUCCAUGUCCGAGAUGGGUGAAGAGCAGUGUGCGGCGCGUGUCUUGGCUGGAACCCACGCUCACCUCGAAGGAUAUCCCUAUGUGAAGGCGCUCUAUGUCAAGCUCGGUUUAGGUGAUCAAAUAUAUGAGGUGAAGGAGCGGGUUUAUCCCAGCUAUUUGUCAUUAGUGUUUCAUAAACAUACCCCCUGGAAAAACAAAUACGACGUCGAAACAGAAAAAUUACUUGAAACAGGAAUAUUGAAGAGGUGGUACAACGAACAUAUGGCUAAAUAUGAAAAACGAAAGGAAAGUUCGUCUCCACUGUACCUGACUCCGCUCUCACUACAUCACCUGCAAGGCUCCUUCCUGCUGCACCUGGGCGGCGUCAUCAUCGGCCUUCUGGCAUUAACAGCGGAAGUGGUCAUUUCUAAGGCAUAA